UCCCGCUCCAUCAUCCGGAGCAGAUUGUUAGGAUGGAAUUCGAUCGAUCGAUCCCGUCCGUCAGUCUGCUUCGCUCUUUAAUUUGUUUGGGAGGAAGAAGAUGGACGACGCCGUGCUGGGUGGGUGAUGAUGGUGAGAGAUCGGGGGCGAACCGACAAGACGGGAUGGGAACGUGACGACAUGCCCUUUCCUCGCCACCUCCGUUCAUUCUGAAUUGACCCCCUCGCUUCCUUGGCUCUCUCCCGAGUGAUCCUGCGUCACACUCUUGGUCCUAUUUUUUUUUCUUUUUUCUUAUAAAAAAAUGUUUCAACAUGCUCGUGUUUCCAGUAGUCAAUCAUUCGGCUGUCCGGCGCUGUACGGCGGCUCUUUAAAUGCCAAAAGUCGUAACCCGUUGAACCGCUGUAGUAGACUAGUAGUAACAGACUGCUGCAUCACGGGCGGUUGUGGUUUAUUUAUGCCAGUCAUGCCUCGAUCAUGUUCUACCCCCUUGUUCUGAUCUGACCUGGCACUCAGUUCUUGGAGAAAAUUUCUUGUAAGGCCCAGAAGAAAGGAGCACUUCCUUGUGUGGCCCUAGAAAAAUAAAACUUCUUUGUAUGGCUUUCACUUUAUUUUCUAUCCCUUCUAUGGCCUUCCCAUCACUCCCCAUUAGAAAAUUCCGUCAAUAUAACAGAGCCCGCCGGCCGUCCGCUCCACAUGCGGCAUGGCUCCACAUGCGGCGAUUCCAGGCCGCUGAAAAUGAAUCAGACGCUCCUAAGCCGGCCACCUGCACAAGUCCGUUUUGCAGCCCUGCGCCUCCGUUUUGCACGUCGUUUCGCCCCCAAAUCCACCGUAAUCAGGGGAGCUCGCGCCCGCGCCCAAAUCAGGGGAGCUCGACGCCUCGCGCUCGCGGACGCCGGCCCGUCACACAUCGCCACCGUGGGAGGUUGCCGUCCCGAUUUGGCACCUGUGGGGGGAGACCUCGACAGUGGAGGAAACAGUGGGGGAGGAGGCACCGCACCGGCCAUCCUCUGCUCCACGCGCUGCACCAUGGCGGGACCACUCUUGGCCAUCCCCUGCUCCACGCGCUGCCUCCCGGUGACCACCUCCCUCCUCCACGCGUUGGACUCCACCCGAGCGAAGGCAGGCGCGCCAGCCUCAUGCGGCGGCCGUCGGAGCCGUCCAUGGAUCCCCUGCGCUGCAGGCCCCCACGUCGUCCGCCGCCCCGCGCCCCGUUGACCAGCCGCUGGAGGCGUCGCCACCGCCGCCGGUGAAGGCAACGACGCAAGCGGCUCCGCCACGCCAUGAGGGUCCGCCUGGCCCCGCAGAAGCGCACCAUCGCCGUGCAGCGCUGCGCGGCCGCCGCGGGCGUGCUCGGCGGGAAGAAGCUGCGCCGCCUGCCGCACAUCUUCGCCAAGGUGCUGGAGCUCCCGUUCGCGGCCGACGCGGACGUCUCCGUCGAGGAGGACGCGGCCGCGCUGCGGUUCGUCGCCGCCGCCGUCGACGGGUUCUCCAGCCCGCCUGCCCAGCCACACGCGCCAUGGAUGCCCCGCUCCUCGCCAUGCUCGUCACCGUGGCCGCGACCGCCUCCCCCGCCACGUGCGCGUAGAUGCGCCGCGGACGCGCUACACAGGAACCGCCGCAGCGCGCCUUCCGCGAACACCGCCUGCGUUAGCCGCGCGGCGUAGCGGGCGGCGUCGUCGUCGGCGUAGCGGGCAGCGGCGCGGUGUAGAGGGCAGCAUCGGCGGAGGCGGCUGCCCGGCGUGGCACCGGAACACCGCGUCUCUGUGGUCCACGGGGAUAUGGAGCAUUCUCGGGGGCUUGGUGGCACUGGCAGCGAAGCAGAGGAUGGAGCGGACGGCCGGCAGGACUCCGUCUGAUGUUUGACAGAAUUUCCUAACGGGAGGUGACGGGAUGCCAUACAAAGGAUAGAAAAUAAAGUAAAGGUCAUACAAGGAAGUUUUAUUUUUCCAGGGCCACACAAGAAAGCUCUUUUUUCUCUAGGGCCUUAGGGAAUUUUCUCCAGUUCUUACCCUCUUUACUUCACCAACAUACAUUUUUUUAAUCUGUUAAUAAUUUUUAAUGCCUACUCCUACAAAUGAAUAAUAAUAUAUUACAACCAAGGGACGAAUAAGCGACAGGUAACCAGGAAUGAGUGAUGCAUGGGGAUCCUAGUGUAGUCUGUAUUGAAUUAUGCAGUAGCAGCAUAUCCUGUCAGAGAGCUGUGGUCCGCGGAACCUUUAUUCGUAUUCGCCACUGAUGAGUGAUGACCGGGACCACCACCGCUCGGCUGUGCCUCUCGCAGCCUGAAACGCCGCCGAUGCAGCCACGUUGGGGUCACCGGUCACGCGGGCAGGCGAGGCGACGGCCACCUCGCCCUCCGACGAGAUGCUUCCCGCCCCCGGUCUUGCCACGCCGGUCAGCCACCACCCCUGGGCCGUGGCGGAUGCGGCCGCUUUAGAUACGUGGUGGGCGCGAGCGCGACCCGGUAUCCCCUUUAUCCCCGCCGGCUCCGGUUGCUGUGGUCACCGGCCGAUCGAGCGGUGAUCCGCGCUCGGUGCAGCACGCUUUGUCUGGUUGCGGCGGCGGUCCGGCCUCCGGCGAGAGCGGAUGGCUGGCCGGGUAACUACCCUGUGACGCGGCGGCGGGCUAUGCAUUGGCCAUGGCGGAGUCCGGCGUCAGAGCACGGCGGGGUUCGUUGUCUGACCAGGGGGGUUUGGUCGUGUGGACUCUGCUCUCUGUUGGUCUCGGUCUUGGUCUUGGCUUCCCGGGAGUUGGGACCCCCUGUUGUUGUGUUCGCUACAGGUGGUUUCGGUUGUGUACGGUUGUGUACGGUUGUAGGCUUGUAGCAAGGGUAUUUGGUGGCGUGGGAGAGUGAGAGGUCGCGCUUGAAAUAGCUUUGCUGUAUACCUGCCGACCUGCCACUUCUACAUUAGACAUUGACGCGAGACAAAUAUAGUAGGUAACUUUGGUACUGCUUGGUUAUUGCUCACCUCAAGUCCUCAACCUCAUGCGUAUUAAAAAAAUUAUCAAUAACUGUGUGUUAAAUAAUUUGGUUGGAAUUUGAACUGGAAGUGUGGCCAUGGGCCA